AUGGGACGAGUGAGAACUAAGACCGUAAAACGUGCAGCCAGACAGAUAGUGGAAAAAUACUAUGCCAAACUCAGCCUGGACUUUCAGUACAACAAAAAAGUUUCCGAAGAAGUGGCUCUUAUACCUUCAAAGAGGAUGAGAAACAAAGUAGCUGGGUAUAUCACCCACCUAAUGAGAAGGAUACAAAAGGGACCCGUUAGAGGGAUUUCCUUGAAACUUCAGGAAGAGGAGAGGGAAAGACGUAUGGAUUUUGUCCCGGAAAAGUCCGAAGUUGACGUACCAAUUAUCCAAAUUGAUCAAGACACCGUAGACAUGUUAACCAAUUUGAAAAUAUUUAUCCCAAAUGUCAAAGUGAUUUCAAACGUUCCUCACGGCGGGUAUGGACAUGGCCACGGUCUCCACCAUCACUCACACCCCUAUCACUAG